GAGGGGAAGUGGGCCAGAGCCAGUUGGAAAACCUGCCUCCCUCCCAGCCUGGGUGUGGCUCCCCUCUCCCCUCCUGAGGCAAUCAACAGAGCUCUACACAAAGCUCAGCCCUCGACAGACUGAAGAGGAGAGUCUUCAGCUCACGGACAAGAUCAGCUCCUCCAAGAAGGAUGCAGAGGCUCACAGAGCUGGCCACUGCUUUGGGCACCUUCUUGGGCCUGCUGGCAGUGGCAGCGAUGGCAGGCCCCAACAUGCUGCCUGUCCACCAGCGCCAAAAGAGAGACUGGAUUUGGAAUCAAAUGCACAUAGAUGAAGAGAAAAAUGAGUCGCUGCCCCACUAUGUGGGAAAGAUCAAGUCCAAUGUGAACCGUCAGAAUGCUAAGUAUGUGCUCCAAGGAGAACAAGCUGGCAAGAUCUUCAGGGUCGAUGCUGACACAGGGGAUGUGCUUGCCUAUGAGAGGUUAGACCGGGAAAAAGUCUCUGAGUACUUCCUUACUGCCCUCAUUGUGGACAAGAAGACCAACAAAAACCUGGAACAACCUUCCAGCUUCACUGUCAAGGUGCAUGAUGUAAAUGACAACUGGCCUGUGUUUACGCACCAGGUAUUCAACGCAUCUGUGCCCGAGAUGUCAGCUAUAGGGACCUCUGUCAUCCGUGUGACAGCAACGGAUGCAGAUGACCCUACGGUGGCUGGCCACGCCACUGUCUUGUACCAAAUGGUGAAAGGAAAUGAGUACUUCGCCAUCGACAAUUCUGGACUCAUUUUCACAAAGGACAAAAACUUGGACAGAGAGACACGGGCUGAAUACAAGAUCGUGGUGGAAGCACAAGAUGCCCAGGGUCUGCGGGGAGAGUCAGGCACAGCCACUGUGCUGAUCAGAUUGGAAGACAUCAAUGACAACUUCCCCAUCUUUACUCAGUCCACAUACACAUUUUCGGUGCCUGAAGAUAUCCGUGUGGGCAAGCCCUUGGGCUCUCUCUCUGUUGAGGACCCAGAUGAGCCUCAGAACCGGAUGACCAAAUAUAGCAUCAUGCAGGGCGAGUACAGGGACACCUUCACCAUUGAGACAGACCCCGACCGUAAUGAGGGUAUCAUCAAACCCACAAAGCCCCUGGACUAUGAACUCAUCCAGCAGUACACGUUCCACAUCGAGGCCACAGACCCCACUAUCAGACUCGGAUACCUGAGCAGCACUGCGGGCAAAAACAAAGCCAAGAUCAUCAUCAAUGUCCUAGAUGUGGAUGAGCCCCCUGUCUUCCAGCGACGCUUCUACCACUUCCACCUGCCCGAAAACAAGAAGAAACCACUGAUUGGCACUGUGGUGGCCAAAGACCCCGACAAGGCUCAACGCAGCAUAGGAUACUCCAUCCGCAAGACCAGUGACAGAGGCCAAUACUUCCGAAUAACCAAACAAGGGAACAUCUAUAAUGAGAAAGAACUGGACAGAGAAACCCACGCCUGGUAUAACCUGACUGUGGAGGCCAACGAAUUGGAUUCUAGGGGUAACCCUGUAGGUAAAGAAUCCAUUGUACAGAUUUACAUUGAAGUUUUGGAUGAGAAUGACAACGCCCCAGAAUUUGCCCAGCCCUACGAACCUAAAGUAUGUGAGAAUGCUGCCCAGGGCAAGCUGGUAGUACAGAUCUCUGCAACAGACAAGGACGUGGUGCCAGUAAACACAAAGUUCAAGUUUGCCCUGAAGAACGAGGACAGCAACUUCACCCUCAUCAACAACCACGACAAUACCGCCAACAUCACAGUCAAGUAUGGACAGUUUAAUCGGGAGCAUACCAAGUUCCACUACCUGCCUGUGCUCAUCUCCGACAAUGGGAUGCCCAGCCUGACUGGAACCGGCACGCUAACAGUGGCUGUGUGCAAAUGCAACGAACAGGGCGAGUUCACCUUCUGUGAGGAGAUGGCCGCACAGGCGGGUGUCAGCAUCCAGGCACUGGUAGCCAUCUUUCUGUGCAUCCUCACCAUCACAGCAGUGAUCACCUUGCUGAUCUUCCUGCGGAGGCGGCUCCGGAAGCAGGCGCAUGCUCAUAGCAAGAGUGCGCUUGAGAUUCAUGAGCAGUUGGUCACCUACGACGAGGAGGGCGGUGGCGAGAUGGACACCACAAGCUACGACGUGUCUGUGCUUAAUUCUGUGCGCACCGGCUCCAACAAGCCUCUGCGGUCCACGAUGGAUGCCCGGCCAGCAGUAUACACACAGGUGCAGAAGCCUCCACGACUGGCGCCUAGCCUGCACGGAGGGCCCAGAGAGAUGGCCACCAUGAUCGAGGUGAAGAAAGAAGAGGCAGACAAUGAUGGCGGUGGUCCCCCCUACGAUACACUGCACAUCUACGGCUACGAGGGCACAGAGUCCAUCGCAGAGUCCCUCAGCUCCCUGAGCACCAAUUCCUCCGACUCUGACAUCGACUAUGACUUCCUCAAUGACUGGGGACCCAGGUUCAAGAUGCUGGCAGAGCUGUAUGGCUCAGAUCCUCAGGAAGAGCUCAUCAUCUAGGGUUUGUGGUCUUUGGGCCUGGGGACCCAAUCUCAUUGCAACCUGGAUCAGACACCCGACAUUGCCUUCCCUGAUUUCCAAGGUGUGACACAGACUCUCCAACCCAGUGGCCCUUGCCUGUGGGUACCAAAGACACUUCCAUCCCCAAGGUAGCAAAUUUCAGGCCCCUUAAAUAUCCAGGAACAGAAACAUAUCUUAUUGAUGGCCACUCCAAAAAACUGGAAAAGCGAGACUAGUAUUCUCUCUGGGAUCCCAUCCUGCCCCCCCCCCACCACACACACACACACACACACACACACACACACACACACACACACACACACUCCCAAUCUAUUCCAGACCUCCUGUCCCUUCAAAACUGCCAAGCAAAACUGACUAUGCUAAACUUCUAGUCUUCCGCAAGGGUCUCCGAGCCCCUGGUAAGGCUAUCUGUCUGUCUGAUGGCAGAAGACUGGAUGGCAUGAGCUAUUGAACAGGACUUCAAGCCCAGUCCAGAGGGAGGCUGUAACUGAUCCAUUAUGCCUGCUCUCAGGAGGCCCAGCACUGCUGAGUCUCCCUCACAUCUACCCAAUGCCCAGCUACUCCCCAGCCCCUCCCCAGGCCUGUCCAGGGAGGAAGGAGACAGUCAGCUGCUCCUGACCUUGGGUCCUGAGAUGAUCCGGCAGGCCCAGCCCUAUUUACUGCUUUACUGAGCAAUGACCCAUUCUGUCCACUUCAGGGAAAUGGCUUGUCGAAUUUUGAAGCAACUGUGAAUUCACCCAGGAAGGACAGUGGAGACCAUAGGUGACAGGGUCAUAGAGCAAGGAUAGCCUCCAACCCACUCACCAGAAAGAUCCCAGAAGAGCUAAGACCUGCCCGGGUUACCUGUGGGAGGUACCUGCCUCGCCUGGUCACUCACCCUUCCUUUUCUUUUGCUGUUUGCUUAUCUCUUGGAGGCUCCCAAAAGGCAGCCUCCGAAAGCCUGGCCAAUGCCCCAAAGCAAAUGUAACUGCAUCCACAGAGCCACCACACCACUUGCCUUUUGCCUAGUUGCCACAUCUCAGGGAAUGAACCCCAAGCCCCGGGCAUGCCUUGCAGAAUACAAGGCCCCUGUCCUUUUUCAGGAGCAGUGGCGUCUCUGUAUCUCUCCCUUGGAGGGAGCUGAGUAACUUUCCACUGGGUCACAGCUGGAGGAAGGGACAUAUAGACAAAAAGAAGUCCAGGUGAGGCAGAAACAUGCUGUCAGCUCACCCUCCUUUGUGGACCCUUCCCCCAACAAGGCCUCUCUGCAGGGGACUAUAGAUAGCACUGACAUUUGUCUAAUCAAUAAUUAGUUUCUCUUAAUUUUUUUUUUACUAACAACACUUAUAAGUCUCUAGUUCUCACAAACAUAGAAUAAGGCUUGUUGCAUAAUAAGCAGUUUGCUAUUUAGGCUAACAAUUUUUUGAUUCAGGUUUCUUAGUUAGAUGAACAAUUCCCGAAAGUUUCGAUUUCCUUUUGUAGUAAUUGCUGUAAGGAUAAUGACUAUCUAUUAGUCACCCUGGUGCAUGAGAUGUACUGUACCUUUUUUUUAUAUCUAAAUAAAGACCUCUUGAAAUUCUUCCCUUUCUA